AUGCAAUGCAACGUAGUUCCCUGCAGAAAGGUGGUUCAUGCUCAUCAAACGUGUGGCGAGCGUGAACAGGGUCCCGACAACAUCUCAGAUGUCAUGUGCGACAGAUGCUACGCCAGAACCCAGCCCGAAAUCCCAGCUCCUUCCCUGAAGGAUAAAGCAAAGUAUUACGCCAAAAAAUUCACGCCUGGCGGCGGGUCCUCAUCCAAGCUGCAUCCGUACAGAGAUAAGCCAGCGCCUUUGUUGGACGAUCAAACACUAGAAGAGCUAUCUGAGGCUGCAAAUAAGAAGCAUCAAGCCUCGCAGGCCUCUUGCCUCAGUCAAUAA